CGCAAUUAACGCAAGCAUAAAAUUCACUCCAUCCAGACAGUAUAAAAGAUCAAGCUUCGUUGAGUAAAGUAUCAGUUGCUUAGACGACAUUCGUUGUAAAAGUAAAAUUCAAAAUGAAGAACUUCUCCCUCUUGAUUGGUUUGAUAGUUUCGGUUGCGGCCGUACAGUGUCACUCAUCGGAAUCGGAUAGCAGAUAUUCCGUAGAAAGCUGGGAUCGUUCGGAUGAAUACCGUUAUCCACUAUAUCCAAACAUUUUACCUGCACCAUUCCCUCAACCACGUCCACAACAACCAUACCCAGGCCAACAAUAUCCACCACAACAACAAUAUCCACCACAACAAUACCCACCACAACAAUAUCCACCACAACAAUACCCACCACAACAAUAUCCACCACAACAACAAUAUCCACCUCAACAACAAUAUCCACCACAACAACCAGCUGUGCAACCAUACCCAGCUCCACAACCAGCUGUAUCUCAACCCGCAGUUCCAGGCAAAUAAAUGUAGCGAAGUUUUGAAAUUCUAAGCUAUAUUGUCACGGUGAAGAUUGUGAUUUCUAUGCAUUCGAUCUUUUAGGAAUUAAAGAGUCUCCUGCGACCGUAA